AAAAUCCAAAAGUCGAUGAUGCCCUUUUAAUAUCUAUGUCUCUAAGUAAUCACUGGUGUCUGAUAGAAUACAAGUCGCUGGUGUCUAAUAUCAUUUCUUUCUCUCUUUCCAUUUUAAGUCUAUACAAAAAAAAAAAACUAAUCACUGGUGUCGUCUCUUCUUCCUCCCGUCGGCCGGCGUCGAUUCUUUCUCUGCUCUCCCGCUGGAGGCAUGAUUUGAAGAAACAGCACGUUCUGAACCGCCAUUGCUGAAAAAAUAGAAGGAGAAGAGUGGGUUGGUGUUUCUGCAACAUUUGGUAGAAGAAGAAGAAAGGGAGGGGAGAGGAAAGAUGGGUUUUUCUAUCUGUUUAUUAUAGUGUGAUCACGGUUGCCCAUUAUAUAUAUGUAGCAUAUAUUAUAUAUUGGGAGACACAUCCACACACAGAGAUAUGGUAUGGAGGUAUUGCUACAAGGAGGUUUUGCCAUUCACAGCCAUGGCUACAGUGGAGUGCUUGAGCGUGGGCAUCAACACCUUAUUCAAAGCAGCAACCUUGAAAGGGAUGAGCUACUUUGUUUUCAUCCUUUACUCUUAUACUCUCUGCACUCUUCUUCUCCUCCCUUUUGCCUUUAUCUUUCGUAGAAGUGGACUUCCUCCAUUCAAGUUUUCUCUCCUUUAUAGAAUUAUCCUUCUGGGCGUGAUUGGGUUUGGAAGUGAUAUGUGUGGUUAUAAUGGUAUAAAAUACAGUUCAACAACUCUUGCUUCAGCUUUCAGCAACCUCACCCCGGCAUUCACCUUCAUAUUGGCCGUGGUUUUUAGGAUGGAAAAUCUGUAUUUUAGAAGGUCAAGCACUCAAGCCAAAAUCAUAGGCACCGUAAUAUCAAUAUCAGGUGCUUUUGUGGCAGUUCUCUACAAAGGCCCUACAUUAAUAUCUUCUUCAAAAUCCAAUGAACUCCACCAAGGCCCUUUGGCUUUGGGAACAACACAAACAAAUUGGGUCAUAGGUGGCCUCUUAUUUGCUUCUCAGUACCUUCUACUCUCAAGCUGGUAUAUUGUACAGACCCAGGUCAUGAAAAUAUAUCCUGCCGAGCUCAUUGUGGUAUUCUUAUUCAUCCUGUGCACAACAAUUAUUGCAGUACCAGUAUGCUUGAUAGCAGAAACGAACCCUAGUGCUUGGAGAUUAAGGCUUGAUAUAUCAUUGGUCACCAUAAUUUUUGCAGGAUUCUUUGGUCCUUCCUUCAGCAGUGUGGUUCACACGUGGGGCCUGCACUUGAAGGGACCUGUAUAUGUAUCCAUUUUCAAGCCAUUUUCAGUUGUCAUUGCGGCUGCAAUGGGAGUUGUAUUUCUUGGUGAUAGUCUCCACCUUGGAAGUGUCCUUGGAGCAAUAAUGUUGUCACUUGGGUUUUAUGGUCUAAUAUGGGGAAAAGCAAAAGAAGAGGAAACGGCGAGGGAGGAUUCUUACCCUAAUUUGGGAAACACCCCUUUGUUGCACAGACACGAAGUGUGAGAUAUAUAUUAUAUUCAUGGCAAAAUAAGAUAUUUAUAUAUAUCUGUUCGAACCACUCUGCUUCAGCAACUGUGUAUGUAGUAGCUAUAGUUAGUGCUAAACCUAAUCAUAGGGAAACUAAAGAGCUUCCGGUUCAUUAACGUAAUCUUCAACCUGGCUUCAAAUUCUUUUUAUGCUUUUAGAGAAUUAGAGCAAACCGUACUCUAACAAAGAAUAUAAUGCACGUUUAAGCUACCUUGUAUUUGCAAUUUUGUUAAUGUACUAUUUUUGUUGCUUCUUCUUUCAAUAUAA